CCGAAUAUGUUCGUCCUUGCAGCCUCAAGAUUUCAGACCGGAAGUUCAGCCAAUGUGCCUUAGAAAGGGCCCAGGAGGUCAUGCCGAAAGCACUAAAGGGCACAUUUCAAAACCCAAACAUAUUGAUACAUACGUGGCUUCAGUACCAGAAGUAACAGUGAAUGCCAAGUACAACAUCUCUGGACGAAUCUUACUGUUGCCUAUUGUAGGGCAAGGAAAUGUAGUCAUGAAGUUCAAAAACCUGAAAAUGACGUACCAGUUUAAUGGAGAAAUCGAAAAGCGUCAAGAUGGCGAGUUCUACUAUGUGCCCCAGCCCGGUGCCCUUCUGGACGUGGAAGUGGACGGCAUGACGGUUCACCUCGACAACCUCUUCAACGGCGACAAAACUCUCGUGGAAACAACCAACCAGUUCCUGAACACCGAGUGGAAAGAAGUGUUUGAGUCGCUAAAGCCGUCCUUCACGAAGGAGAUCUCCCGCAUGAUCACCAACUUGCUCAACAGCAUCUACACCCAAGUGCCCAUGAAAAACGCCUUCUUGGAGUUUGACGAAUUCAUGAAGACGGACAGGUUCCAGCCAAUCGAUAAAUCGGGAGGGCGAUAAUUCUUACUGAGAAAUUGAUUUCUGGAGUUCAGGAACAUUCCCAUUACGAGGUUUGGUUUCUGGGCUAAGUUUGUAACAGACCAUAUUCUGUACGGUCAGGUCAAAUAUAUCUUUGGCAUAUGAAAGCUUGUUAUACCAUCUCUAGUUAAUCCAGUUUUGAUUAAAACAGUUAAAUUAUUGUCUCCAUUAUUUAAUUAAUUUUUUUAUUUCCUUUUUGUUGACUUAC